UCCACAGCAGAUGCGGAAGUGCGGCAUCGACGGAUGCAAUGGAUUGAGACUCAUCCAAUGCAAAAAUCCAGAUAUGUCUAGUUUAAACUAACAGGUGUUUAUGCUAAUUAGAUUAUCAUGGAGGCCCAGACAUUGACGUUAGGGGGUUUUAAGGUAAGGGUUAGGAUUAUGAUUAGGGUUUAAGGUAGGUUCUUGUCUUGGGCCUCGGUGGCAAAACUUAGUCAAUGCUCCUAGACAUGGAAAGUAGUAUUUGGUGUGUUGAUUUUAGUCUCAUGAUCAUGCACUGCUUUGUUGUCGGGCAAUGAAAGAAAGCACUGUUAACAUCUACAUGUAACAUUUAUCAGAUACAGUUGUAAAAUUACAACUAAAUUAAAGUCUUGUAAAAUUACAACUAAAUUACAGUAGUAAAAUGAUUCUAAAUUGGCAAUGGUGUGAUAAAAAUAGUGCCGACAUUAUAACUCUGUAAUGGAAACCAAAAAGCUAGGCUUUGGCUAACCAUAGAUUACAGCAUUAGUUAUGCAUGCUUAGAAGGAAGUGGACAGAGGGGGAAUUUUUUUUGACGAAAGGUAUGUAAGGGUGUCUAGCAGGUAAUGUGGUGUGUGGAAGGGAGGAGCUGAGAAAAGACAACAGAAGAGAGGGAUGUUUAGGAAGUAAGAUUGAGUCCAGGGUACCAACAAGAAAGCAUGGCCUUCCUCAGGACUCUUUGUGUGGUGACCAUAAUGGUGACAUUCCUGUCAAAAGGCUCUCAUUCACAGCUGAGUGUGUGCGGAACCCCUCCUCUUAACACUAGGAUCGUGGGGGGUCAGGAUGCUCCUGCAGGGAGUUGGCCAUGGCAGGCCAGUCUUCACAGAUUAGGCAGCCAUUUUUGUGGGGGAUCCCUCAUCAAUAAAGAGUGGGUGUUGACUGCUGCUCACUGCUUUUCCAGUACCGGUACAUCAAAUUUGCUGGUCUACUUGGGUCGUCUGAGCCAGCAGGGCUCCAACCCCAACGAGGUGAACCGGACAGUCACUCAGAUCAUCCGCCACCCCAACUACACCAAAAGUACCAGAGACAACGACAUGUGUCUGCUGAAGCUCUCCUCCACUGUGACUUUUACAAACUUCAUUCGGCCAGUCUGCCUAGCUGCACCAGGCAGCUCCUUCCAUGCUGGGGCUACUAGCUGGGUCACCGGCUGGGGCAGCAUCAGCAGUUUAGUGUCCCUGCCCUCACCACAGACCCUACAGGAAGUGGAUGUGCCAGUAGUGGGGAACAGGCAGUGUAACUGUAACAAUGGAGUUGGUUCCAUCACUGACAACAUGAUCUGUGCUGGUCUAUCAGCAGGAGGAAAGGAUUCCUGUCAGGGGGACUCAGGAGGUCCAAUGGUGAGCAAACAGGGUACUCGCUGGAUCCAGUCUGGCGUUGUGAGUUUUGGCAACGGGUGUGCCCAGGCAAAUCUCCCAGGAGUGUACGCAAGAGUGUCUCAGUACCAGACCUGGAUCAACACCCAGAUCACCAGUGACCAGCCAGGCUACGCCACCUUCUCCUCCAGUGGGACUGAUUCUGACCUCAGUGUCUCCUGUACUGGUCUUCCAGCCCCAUCCACCACCACAACUGCACCUACGACCACCACUACCAAAACAACUGCCUCUGCGACCACCACUGAAACCGUGGUGUGCGGCAGUGCCUCUUUGAACUCCCUUACUGGUGGGGGCUUGGCCUCAGGGGGAACCUGGCCCUGGAUAGCCAGUCUGCAGACAAACGGAACACACGUCUGCGGGGGCACAAUGGUGGCAGAGGACUAUGUCAUGAGCGAUGCUGGGUGCUUCUCCAGUCAGUCCGACGCCUCUCAGUGGACCGUGAUCAUGGGUCGUCUGAAGCAGAACGGCUCCAACCCCAACGAGGUAACCCUGAAAGUCAUCAACAUCACCAUGAGCAACUUGACGGAGAACAACGUGGCAAUCCUCCGACUGGCCAGCCAACCCACAUUGUCUGACUACAUCCAGCCUAUCUGUGUGGACCAGGGAAGCAGCACCUUCAGCAUAGGGACUCAGUGCUGGGUGGCUGGCUGGGGCAGGGGCCAGGGUGGAGCCGAACAGAACUUGCAGCAGUCCCAGACCUCUGUGGUGGAUUGUGAGAGCUCUGGCUCCUCUGAUAACAUCUGCACUGCUGCCUUGGACCUUCGACAGGGUGAAGGGGGUGGUCCUCUGAUGUGUAAGCAAGGUGAUGCAUGGUACCAGGCUGCUGUGUUGACUGUCGACAGCAGCAACAAGACCAGCUCCAGCAAAACACGAUGGAGCCGGAGUCCUCGCUCCUCCAACAUCCAGGUCUUCACCAAAACCGCUCGCUUCCAGAAUUUCCUUCAGACUACUGUGGGCACGUUCCCUUCACCCGUCACAGCCAGAACCCCCAUCAAUGACACCAACAAUGCCAACAGCACAACUGUCAGUGCAACUACCGCUGUCGUUACUUCUGCCAGUGGGGCAACUCUGGCCCACUCAUCCCUGGUCCUACUCUUCUUGUCUCUCUCUCUCCUACUGUCUCUUGGUCAAGCCUGAUGCCGCUGAGGAUUUUAUUUUAUUUCGAUCUCUUUUAGUCCCCAUUUGGACUAAUUUUCCAAGAGUCCUUAAAUAUUAAAAUACAAUUUAUAUACGAACACAUUUUCACAUAUAACACACUAUUACAAACAUACAUAAUAUACUAACGUAAUAAACCAAUAAAUAAUCAAUCUAAAAAAUAUGGAUUCUUCAUCUACUGUGAUCCCACAAUAUUUCUGUGUAUUAUAUUUAAAUUGUUUUAAAAUAAUGUUUAAAUUUAUAUAUUGAAAGGUUUCUGGUUUGCUCAGUUAAUUUAUUCAAUUUCUUUAUUGCUCUAAAUCGAAAUGUUCUUUUGCCUAUUUCUCUUUUCUGUCUGGAUAACGCAUAGAUGGUGGACAAUCUAUUCCUAGUAUUUACGGAAUGUCUUUCUCUUACCAACUGAUUACCGUUGUGAAUUGUACUUGGCCGUUUUAAAUGAUGUAUAUUAUGAAAUAAAAUAAGCAUGUUUUUUUCAAUUAUCUUGUCGAUUGAUGACCAACCAAGAACAUUGCGUAUGACUGCAACAGAAAAACCAUAUCUCCACCGUAAAACAAUCCUUGCUGCUUUGUUCUGUGCAGUCUGCAGCCUCCUAACUUCACUUGAUGAUGCAUUUCCCCAGACCACAGAACAGUAGUUCACUUGACUCUCAAUUAAAGCUUGUGUUAUUUGCUUAAGAAUUUUUUCUGGUAAAUAUUUAGCUAUCCUUCUGAUUAUACAUGCUGUUUUAAUAUUUUUUUUACAUAGAUUAGUUAUUUGAGAUGACCAUGAUAAGCAGUUGUCUAGCUGCACUCCUAAUAGUUUGGUUUCUGCCACUUCUUCAAUUUGUACUCCUCCCAUACUUAGUUGUAUUCCAUGCUGUUUUGGCCUUUUCCUAGUGGAACAGACCAACAUAACUUUGGUUUUCUUGGUGUUUAAAAGAAGUUUAUUCUGGCAAACCCACUCCCUAAUAUUCUCCAAAUCUCCUUGUAAAGCUUGCUGUACCUGUUGAACCGAUUGUCCUGCUGCAUAAAUUGUAGUAUCAUCUGCAAAUAUAGUAGCUUGAGUUUCAGCUAGGGCAUAGGAAAGGUCGUUGGUAUAUAUUAAAUAAAGAAGUGGCCCAAGGCAGCUGCCCUGCGGUAUUCCACAGCUUAAAGCAUGAGGGGAAGAAAAUGAACCAUUGAUAUAGGUGGACUGUUUCCUGUCAGUUAGAUAUGACUGUACCCAAUUCAAUGCUGCCUCCUUAAAACCAUAGUGCAUUAAUUUUGUCAAAAUUAUCUCAUGAUCCACUAAAUCAAAUGCUGCACUGAAAUCUAAAAAUAGUACCCCCACAAACUUGCCAUUAUCCAUAGCAUUGAGCCACUGGUCAGUCAUGUCAACCAAUGCAGUGGUAGUGGAAUGAUUUUUGCGAUAAGCAUGCUGAUUGGCUGUAAUCAGAUCAUUAUUUUCCAUGUACUCCCAUAUUUGUCUACUCACAAUACCCUCCAAUAUCUUACUGAGUGUAGGGAGUAGACUAAUUGGUCGACUAUUGGCAGGAGUAGCGGGUUCUUUGCAGUCUUUUGGAAUAGGACAAAGUUUAGCAUGCUUCCAUACAUUUGCAAACAUCCCCUUUUACAGUGACCAAUUAAAUAUGUAUCUCAGUGGAACUGCAAUCUGGGGAGCAGCACAGCGAAGCAAAAAAUGGUCCAUAAGAUCAUAACCUGUAGAUUUCCCAUCAGGUAAUGACUUCAAAAGGUUUAACACCUCCUCCACUGACACCGUUUGCAGACUAAAAGAGCAGAUCUUGUUGCUCAUAAUAUGAUCAUCAAUCCAUUGGACAAUAGCUUGUUUGGAAGAAUGUAUGUUUACAUUGUUGCUCAGUAAAUUCAUUUUCUUUGUGAAAUAAUCUGCAAAGUGAUUGGCAAUAUCAACGGGUUUUGUUAUUAUUCUCCCAUCAACCUCCACACUAGAUGGGCAUGAUGAGAUAGAUGUACCAAGUAAACCCUUAACUGUAUUCCAUACCUUUUUAGAAUCAUUUUUACAAUCAAUAAAAGCAUUGUUCGAAAAAUAACUUUUUUUCCUUUUAUUCAAUUUAACUGCAUAAUUACGCAAUGUUCUAUAAUUCUGUUCAUCAAUUUCUGAUUUUGAUUUGGCUGCUAAGACUUUUAACAUAUUUCUUUGAGAAAAAGCCUCACCCAGUUCAUCAUCAAUCCGUGGAGAUGGACGAGCACCAACUGUACUCUUUCUUACUGGGGCAUGAUGGUCCAUUACCUCAGUGAGCAAAUCAAUAAAACAUUCUGUAGCGUGAUUUAAAUCAUCCUCUAGAUAAAUCAUCUCCCAGGGUACAGCAGCCAAAUCAUUUAGAAAUAGCUCAUAAUUAAAUGUUUUAAAUAUUCUCUUGACCACAAUCCUAGGGGGUUUCUUUGGAACCUUGGUGUUCAUGGUUAUGGUCACAAUAUUAUGGUCUGUCCAGCCCACUGGCAUUGAUCUGGCUUUUAAGCAUUGCGAUGGUAUAUUACAGAAAAUCAGAUCAAUGCAUGUGUUUGAAAGAUGACCCAACUUAAUUGAUGAUCUAGUAGUAUCAUUAACCAUUUGUUUCAAACCACAGUUCUCUGCAUAUCUCAUCAAUUUUGUUCUAUUUGAAUUAUUGUGAUCCUUCCAAUUUAUAUUAAAAUCACCCAAGAUAAAUACAUCUCUGUUGCUAUCUGUGGCCUCGUCAAAACCAGUGCAUAAGUCAUCCAAAUAGGACACCUUAGAGCUAGGAGGUCUAUACACACAUCCUACCAAUAUGGAGGAGUCAUCUUUAUGUAAACCUCUGGCAAUAGGAUCUAAAUGUGCUCUGUUUGAAGUAUGUACCCUUGCGCUUAAUAUAUUGCUGCUCUAGAAUAUUUUGGUGAGUUUAAUCUUGGUUAACCCAGAACUAAAAUCUUGCUUAAUUUGGUCAGCUGCGUGAUUUAGUUCUGGGUCCAUGUGUUUGAAAUUGAGAGUUUGGGUUUGCGAUGUCUCCACCCUUUGCAAAAGGAAACUCUCAGCCAAAGCACUGAAAUUUAAGCACCGCCUUCGCCCAAUCCUGAUACGUCCAAAUGAUCAGUGAGGAAAACCUAAACAUUGUAACUACUGCUGCUCGUUAUCCGAUGAAUCCCAUUCCGUCACAACAGAUUAUUUGGUUUAUGUGCAGGAUUUGUCCACAAACAAUGCCUGGUCUAACGCUGUCUACUGAAAAACAGAAGGUUUAUCUCAUCUAAUUGUUUAUUUAUUCUGACUGGAUUGAAAUAUGAAACUGCCACUGUAAUCAGUUUGAGCUCACAAGUAUUCUCUCUUUGUAGUCUAUUAUCAAGUCUAUGCAGGUCAGUAUUUCAUGUUAUGAGACAGAUCAGGAAAUGAUUUAUUUAAAUGUAAUGACUUGAUCUACUGUUGCAUCUGGAAAUAAAAAUGAUGAAUGAA